UCAAGGAUUACGUUUACGGCAGGUCGACAUGGUCCAGGAUGGCAUUGCUGGAAGCUCCGCCACCCUUACUAAAAUGACCUGUAAACUGAGAUUAGUCUGCAGGAAAGCCUUGAAGAAGUUCAAAAGGAAGACAGGACAACACAUAGGGGGAAGAACGGAAUUUGUAAUGAUAGAUGAAAGCAACUUCCGCCAUAAAAGGAAGUAUCGACAAGGAAGAGCUGGUCAGACAUGGAGGAGAAAGAAGUGGGUCUUUGGCAUGCUUGCCAUAAAGGGUCAAAGAAGACUGCCAAUUUUGCGACUUGUAGAACGGCGCUCCAGAAAUCACCUGCUUCCCAUCAUUAGAAGACAUGUUCGCCAAGGGUCAACCAUUUUAAGCGACGAGUGGAGACCCUACAGAGCUCUAUCAAGUCUUGGUUACACUCACUACUCAGUAAACCACAGCAGAUGGUUUGUUGAUCCAAACCAUGGUGGACACACACAAAAUAUUGAAAGAGCUUGCGCGGUUGGCUACAUUCCUACAGGCCAUGCUGACGUGAAGUUUGAGACCAGAGAAUCAAUAUACAACACAGAAUUCAUUGACUCGCCUGAGGAUGUGAAGAACCAGCAGUAUAUCUCCAGCGACUCGGAGCGUUCCUUUACAAACACCUACUGA